GGCGUGUGCGGUUUGGAGCGACCAACAAGAGAUGAGGGGAGGGAUAUACCAACAGAGCCCAUCUUCCUCCUGACCUCUGGAAAACGAUGGACGUCCCGCUUCCUUCUAAAUUUAGACACUUAUUCGUGUCUGUGCACUAUGCGCUUCAAACUGUUGUUCUCGUUUAUGUCAAUAGUUUAGGCCUAGCUCGGUCGAAACGAGGUGACGGACCCUCGCGGGUCUCCGUUGACACAAUGAACAGCAGCUCGAUCUGACAAGCGCGCACCAUCGCAGUUACGACACCUUUCAUGUUUAUGAGGCUCAGAAACAGGCGUAAUGGCGCAGGGGAAUAACAGUAAUUUCCUUACUAUCCCCUCACAAGAGGGUCUUUUCAAGACGGUGAGAGUCGAGCGUUCCGAAGACAACAGUAACGAUGAAGAGGAGGAAGAAACAGAGGAAGACGUCCAUCUAAUACCGAGGUCUUCUCCCGUCCCCAGGAAGCGAGGAUCUUCGAUCGCGGAUGAAACCGCCGAGUACAUGCGAAUUCGCCUGGGGUUGCCGAAUAGAAAAGUGUCGUUUGUAGACAGUACGGGAGCCGAGCUGGUUGAUGUCAGAAUGUUUGUUCCGUUUGAUUCAGAUGACGAGGACGAUUCAAGAUGGGAGGAAGAGGAGGCGCGGUACCGAAAAACCUACCGCGAGCCCACUUACCGUGUGUGGCCAGAGUUCCAGGCGCUCGCCGGGACAGAGCUCGUGCUUGCUGUCCACACCAACAAGCUGGAAGUGGAGAGCGUGACAUCUGUGCCAGAUGAGCCUUUGUCCUUCGAGGUGAUUAUUCGUGUGCUCAACAUUUCUUUUCACAAAUCAGUCUAUGUCCGUUCCACGAUGGACGGCUGGAUCAAUCACUUUGAUUACCCAGCCGAGUAUGUCCAGGGCUCCAACGACGGCGAAACGGACAAGUUCUCCGUGAAGCUGUCUUUCGCUUCACCGUACCUGUUCAACGGAGCGCGUAUUGAUUUUGUUGUACGUUAUGAGACGUCAGAUGGAGAGUUUUGGGCUAACAACUCUGGCAGGAAUUAUUCGGUAACUCUCCUACAGUCGUAUGAAGACGACGAGACAGCCCAGGCCACCAUAGAGGAGAAAAAUGAUCUGAGAGGAAUCCUAAAACCUCCCAGGUACCGAGCUGACAUUGGUUACGAUGACUCUGACGACAGAGGAGAUGCAGAUCUUGGCAGCACUGAGUGUGAAGUAGCAGAGGAUCAAGCAUCUUUUGCACAGCCGCCUAUAGUCCAGCCAGAGAUCGACAUUGAGACUGCCAAAGAUUUGUCCAGUUCUCCAGAGUCCACCAGGACUUCCUCCAAGGCAGGAUGUCCUCUGUCCACUUCAGAUACUCCCUUCGGAGAACCACUUCCACUAGAGUCAAUGUCAUCCAGUAAUUUACCACAAACAGAAGAGUCUGGAAUUCAGCCAUUAAUUCUACCCUUCCCCCAAUCACAAUCAACCCAGCAGCCCUCUGAGACACAAGAUAAAGUCCAUAAUGUUGUCCCGUCCAUCUUCCUUUCCCUUCCUGAAGUCCUCAUCCAUCCCUAUGAUGGUCCAGAGACAACCAAGGAUGAAUUUGAGGAUUCCAAUAAACCCACCCAUGCACAGAAGGAUGAUUUCCAGCUCGAGAUCUUAGCGCAAGUGCCUUUCGAGUUUGGCCAACCAUCACUGGCUGGGUGUCCAGACACGACACAUAUCCAGGAAGAAGGUAUGAAGGAUGUUAAGGAAAAGGAAGAUAUUGAGGAAAAUGAUUGCACAUCGGAAGACAUGCUAGAAAAGCCAAGUCAGAAUAUAGGAGAAGAUAAAACAGGAAAAAAUUUUCACAUAUUGGAAGAAGCCAAGCAGCCUCCUCCGUCAAAUGAAGUAAACAAUACAACUGAAGACAUGGAGAAGCUCAGUCUGUCAAAAAACAUACAACACACUCUGGAGGAAGGAAUUCAAGAACAGAAAGUAGAGCUUGUCUCUUCAGUCCAACUCGAGACCACCAAAGCGGUUGAGGUGGAAAGCACCAAGUUGGAUGAUGAGGAAACAAAUGUUUUGGUGGCUUCCUGUUUGUCACACUCUCAUUUAAUUCCCACAAGACAGGACAGAGAAACCCAAAGUUUACUCAUCCAUUCAACCUCUGAUAAGCCGGCAACCAUUCAACAUCAGCAGGAGGAAGGACUCGUCUUGGAUCCGAUCCUCCAUGAAGAUCCAAAACUUGAUAACCAAAUUAUUUCCAUGUGUACUCCAGAACAUCAAACAAGCAAACAAGAAAAGCUGAAACUGGUCAGCGUUUCUGAAACAUCACCAACAGCCUUUGAUCUUCAACCUUCAACUGUUCACUCUUCAGCAGAAGAUGAUUUAACCUCUGAGGGUGAUGAACCUUCCACUGCUCCAUAUCAGACAUCUAAAGACUCUGAAACCCAGCACACACUGCCAAGAGACGGCACUGAACUAUCUCAAAUAUCAAAGGAUCAGACUGAGGUUACUUUGGACACGUGUCUGAUGGUCUCUAUGAUCUUCUUCAGUGCUGCUAUCUGCCUGGCUGUUGUGAUUCGAGAGCCUAGCGCUUUACUGUAUGUGGGAUUAUUUCUGUUGUCGCUCUGGUUCUAAUUUCUAUGCCAGUUUUCUUUCCCCUUCCAUCCAUUUCUCCUAAAAAGCCUUAAGACUGUACCUUCUUCCUCUCUCCCCAGUGCCUUGAGGAAUUCCAAAAACUAAAAAAACGAACAAAAAAAAAAAACAUUGUAGUGCAAACAGAUCUGGUGUCAUAUUUGUGUUUAUGUGGUUAUAAGUAGAGUGAGCGUUGGUUAGUCUCUUUAAAUUUUGGAGCUAUGCUUCUGCUUGAAAUAUUGUGUAUCAUUCAGACUUACAGUAUAAAAUCUGCAGUGGUUUAUAUACAUAUGAUAAUAAUAGUUUAAGCAAGCAAUGUGUAUUUUAGCUGAAUGACAUCACUUUGCACCUCAUAAAUGAUUGGUCAUUAGAAAUGUGGCUCAGCUCAUUGAUCCAUACACAAAAUGUCUAUUUUGUGAGUUUCUCUAUAUAUGUGCAUAGCUACUGGCCCUAAAGAUUGCAUUUGUUUUUUUUUUACAAAUCAUUUAUGAGUGGGAUGACUUGAUGGUGAGUGUAUGUAGUUUUAUGUAUGAUAAGAAAUGAGGCGAGACUGGACAAACAGUGCAGGUUAUUUCAGAAUAGAAUUUUAGGAAAGUUGGAGUUGUAAGUUGUUUGAAUUGAGAGUUUGUAUGUUUAUUCACUUAAUGACACUGUGAAAGUGUGUUUGAUGUUAUAUGUGAUCAUUUUGUAAUAUGGAUUACACACUAUAAACUUAAAAUAAGUGAACGAUAAGCUUGAAGAGUAUGCAACAAAUUUGCACCCAUCUGCUUCCUAAAGGUUAAAAACAACACUUAAGGUAUUACAGUUCUUUUUCUUGUUAGUUAGCAGACAAGUAUAUGUCCUUUUGCAGUGCUCUUUAAAUGCGUUCCCCCAAGCCUCUGAUAUCACCCCAAAAGGUCACGCAUUGCGCUGAAGUCACUGCAUCAGGUUACGGGGUGACUAAACACCAUUGUAAGUAGAGAAGUCAGAGCCGUUCCUUGAAAAAAUCUUUCACUUGGUUCCCUUCUUCCAAAAACUUUAGCCUUAAGGUAGUCACCCAUUGUUGUCUCAUGAAUUAAUGUGCAAACAAGAUAGUGAACAAUCAAUAACAUAUGUUCACAUGUAUUUUGUCAAUGUCAAAGAAGAAAUAAAAGUCUAUAUAACUGAUAAAAACUGA